AUGGGCCCAGAUCUGCGAGGCACGGCCAGAACCAGCGUGUUCUCACGCUGCAGCUUGGAGAACAGUCAGUACCUCAAAGGGCUGCUUGGCACUCGCACAGUCCGCUCUUAUGUUCAUCAAACAUUGUACCAAGUAGCAUUAAGACAGCCCUUUUUGUUAAUUCUCUCCAACACAAGAACGGACAUUGAACUUGUAGAGCUUACUGUGGCAGGAACUGCUUUGGAUCACUCCUCUGUGCUGUGGGAGGAUUUGAUUUUUGAGGAGACUACUUGGCAUUCUCUGCAUCUUCUUGAAGACCUGCAGGAGUCAAACUUCAGGCUCCGCCGGGGGCUGAGCGCCCUGUUCGCCUUGCCUCUCUGGCCAGACCGCUGUUGCCGGCUUUCUUUUGCCGGUGGCGAGCGUUGUCUCCCCGAGGUUAAUCCGCCGGCGGAGCGUAGUUACCGCGGGGAUGCUGAGGGGCAACUCAUCAAGGAGGAACUCGGCCGCUCCCGUCUCCUUGCUACACAGAAACACAGGGUGGUUGACCAGAUUGACACCCUGACGUCUGACCUGCAGCUGGAGGAUGAGAUGACGGACAGCUCCAAGACGGACACGCUCAACAGCAGCUCCAGCAGCACCACAGCUUCCAGCUUGGAGAAAGUCAAGGUGCGGGGCAGCGCACCGCUCAUCAAGCCCCCUGCGCACCCCUCUGCCAUCCUCACUGUGCUGAGGAAACCCAAUCCGCCACCACCACCGCCGCGGCUGACACCGGUCAAGUGCGACGAGCCUCCGAGGCCACUUCCUUCUGCCAACCCUGUGAAGACGAACGGGACCCUGCUUCGAAAUGGGGGCUUGCCAGGAGGGCCGAACCGCAUCCCAAAUGGGGAUGUAUGCUGUAUACCCAACAGUAAUUUGGACAAAGUCGCCAUGCAGCCUCUGAUGCAUAGACCUGAGAAAGAACGUUGUCCACCACCAGGAACGAGGGAACGGGUACGAUUUAGUGAAAAAGUGCAGUACCAUGGCUAUUGCCCCGACUGUGACGUUCGGUAUAACAUUAAAAACAGGGAGGUGCACUUGCACAGCGAGCCUGCCCGCCUUGCGGGGAAGCCUCCGCACCAGUGCCCUCCUCUGUCGCUUCCUCCGCCUCCCCUGCCUCCAUUCCCCCUCGAAAAUGGAGGGUUGGGGAUAAGCCCCAGUAAUAGCUUUCCUCCUCCGAGACCUGCGACUGUGCCUCCACAAACUGCACCAAAACCCCAGAAGACCAUCUUGAGGAAAUCAACCACUACAACAGUGUGAUGUAUGCCACUUGAAGAAACUCUUUGUUUUUUCCUAUAUAUAAACAUAAAUAGGUAAUGAGCACUUUCUACUCAAGCAAUAAAAAGUCCCAAAAUAUUACUCCCUGCGUCCAGUGAAGUGGCAUAAAAAUCACAUGGCUCUGACAGAGAUGGCAGCCACAGCUUCUAGGAGAUUCCUCGUGUCUUUCCAGUUUUAUUUAUUGUAUUGCUUCUUCCUCUUACCCUGUUCGUUCCAUGGAAAGGAAGGAGGGACCUGGAAGACACGGGGGACACACUGACACCUCUCAGAGUAUCUGCAGAAGCAUCGAAACAACAAUUUCCAAUGACUCUAAGAGAAGACAUCACCUUCUAAUGCAAGCACCUUCAGGCUUGAAGGAAUAUCUAUAUCUGGAGGCACAUCAGUUAAUUUCUUGCGUAUCAGAUUCGUCAUUGUGACUUCUUGCAGGCCAGAUCUGAAAGCAGCCAGGAACCUGACCCUCCUUGGAGCACAGAGAAGCCCUUGGCAUUGGAGCACAAGCGAUCACGAGUGGAAUCGGCACUGAAUCGUCCGUCUCAGACCUGACAGCUAUGAGCUGAGUCCUGGCAAAAGCCACAGCCUUAAAUCCUGUUCAGUCAGAACAGAGAAUCGAAGGGACUAAAUGUCUUGCCCUCUUACAGAAACUGCUCUCUCCUAGCCUGGCCCUCGGGUUCGGCACUGAGCAACCAGAGUAACAGACAGUGAGUUUUUCAUGGGGUCCAGCCAGCAUCCAAAAAAUAUUUCAAUAUGUAGCCAAAAGGAAAAAUGAAGCACUUAGGGGAUAGCAGGAAACGAAUGCAUUUACUGUAACGGAGGAAUGUUGCUGUCUGUGGGGAAAGAAGACCUCUGUCAUCCCUUGUAUAUAUUCAAAGCCAUACAGGAACAGGACACCGGUGAUGUUAAAUUGCUCCAAAGGAUGCCGUCUCCUGUCCUCCACCCAGAUUUGAAGAAGUUCAGCUGUUACAGAUUGCGUCUCAAUGCACUUCUAGUAUUUGCACUGUCACUUCCAUUCAGGGUAAUGAUGUGCGCCACCAUUUGCACAGAUGGCCCCGGGAGACUUUUGGCCACAACAAGCGAUAUUUUGCAGGGGCUCCGAAAGGAAUUAAGCAGUUAGAACUGAAGACAAGAAUUGCUCUCUCUUUCACAGUGGGGAUCUGUCCACUGAAAGGAUUAUGGUUCUUUCUUAGGUUUAAAUGUAUAUAUAUACAUAUACAUACAUCUGUAUAGAUAUAUAUGUAUAUAUAUGAAAAAGCAUCAACAUGAUAAGGUGGAUUUAAAAAGGGAAUAUAAUAUUUUUUUAAUAGCAUCCAUUUUUUAUCAUAUUAGCAGCCAAGAAAUUUAAACUAUUGAAUUAUACAUCUCAAAUGUUCCUAUUUGAACAUUGACAUUAUCCUCCUUGUAACUGUUAAAGAAAAGAAGUCAUUUGUAAUAUGUAUUUGACAUAGAAUUUUUCUAGCCAUUUAUCUAUACUUCAUGGAGAAAUGUAACAGACAAACAGCAUUUUCAGUUUAUUUUUCUAAAUAAAUGUGUUGUUUAUAUUAUUUGCAGUCACUCAUUUUGGCUGGUUUUCAUUAUCUCCAAAAAUAAUUUAAAGACAGAACCAAAACACAGAAAUUGUUUGUUCAUGUUAAGCUGUAAUGAUUUGCAGACCGAAAGCUUUAAUAUAAAUAUUGUAAUUUGUAAAAUGAUGAAGUAUAUUUAUACAGGCAAAUACGUAUGGAAAACUAGAGGAGGUAUUUUAACUCUUAAUUUCAGAACAUAGUUUAUUUUAAUAGCCACAUGAAGAAAUCUAAAUAUAUAAUGGAAUAGGUUUUUUACUUUCAGUAGGUUCUAGCAAGUGAAGAUUUGGAGAUUUAAGGAUGAAAAGAAUGUAGUCUAACAGUGGCGGUUUCCCAGAUUACACACAAACCUUUUAUCAGCUGGCUCACUUUAUUCAGGAACUGUUCUUUGGGUUAUGUUUUGUGUUAGGGUUUUGUGUUUGGGUUGGGUUUCGCUGUUGUCGUCGUCGUCGUUGUAGCAAAACCGUAAAGAUAAUACUGUGUGAUCACAACCGAUGAGAACCUGCAGGAUAAGAGAUUGUUCAUUACAGGCAUUUACAGCUAACAGUGAAGAACAGUCAUUGUUGUCCAUCUACUGGAGUGUUUUGUUAUCAAGUCAUUGCACAUUUCGA